CUAGCACAGUUCUCGGAGAACGCUCGUCUCCGCCACGCGACCGCGUUACGUGCCAUGGCGCGCGCUCGCCUGUCGGCAUCGCUCCUGCAGCAAGUGCCCUAUCAGGCCCCUACUUGGGCCUCGUCGCUGGAUGCGCCGCGGCACCGCGUGGUCUUGGGGCAUUGGCCCACGCCUUUGAUGCCUUGGGCCAAUCCAGCAUUGAAAGAGCUGAAUGUGCGUUGGUCGCUGAAGCGCGAUGACGUGUGUGGUGUGGAGCUGUCCGGGAACAAGACCCGGAAGCUGGAGUUCUUGCUCUCGGAGGCCUUCACAAAGUGCGACAGUUGGCAGUUGUCUCCCAAACCUUUUGUGGGGACCACUGAUGCACUCACAGGCCCUUGCGAACGGCCAUGACUCCGUGGUCACCGUGGGAGGUCUUCAAUCCAACCACUGCCGCGCCACGGCCGUGUGCGCCAAGCUCUUGGGACUGGAGCCUCAUGUGGUAUUGCUGGUGAAGGAUCAGAUGCUCCAAGAGGACCCAGGCCUUUCCGGGAACCUGUUGCCCAUGCGCCUCUCCGGCGCCACGCUGCAUCUCUGCCCUGCCAGCGCCUAUCGCGCGGCGGGCGGCGACUUAGCCGCGGCGGAUCACUUGAACGAAGAAGUGGCGGAGCAGUUGAGGAGACGUGGGCGUGAUCCCUAUGUCAUACCAGUCGGUGGCACCACGCCCUUGGGCACCUGGGGUUACCUGAAUGCCGUGGAGGAGUUCCAACAGCAGCUGACUGAGUUGGAAGACCCUAUAGAUCACAUUCUGGUCCCGUGCGGCUCGGGUGGCACCUUCGCUGGCCUUGCCGUGGGAUUUCACCUCGCGCAGCUGGACGGGGACGCGCGAAGAUGCCGGCUGCAUGGGGUGAACAUCCAGCACCAUCCGGCAGCCUACCACGAAUUGAUCCGCAGAGAGGCCGCGGGCCUCGGCUGCUCUUCCUGGGCGCCCGUCACGCUCGUGGACGGCAGUGGUGCUGGCUAUGCCGUGGCGGGUGAAGCAGAACUGCGGUUCCUCAUGGACGUGGCCGGUGCAGGCGUGAUUCUGGAUCACACCUACGCUGGGAAGGCUUUGUAUCACUUUUGCGACUAUGCUAAAGUACAUCCAGAGCGCUUCCGCGACUCACACAUCCUCUUUUGGCAUACAGGAGGUCUCUUCGGCCUCUACACCCAGGCAGAACGCCUGCAGAAGAUGCUUCCAGCUGAGCAGUUGCAGGUAUAUAACUCUUAGACAGAGGUCAGCCUAAACCAGCCUGUCCGAGUCGUCAGGCUUCGACACAUGUCCAAUUUUUCAUAAGGCUAUUUAAACUCUACAUAAUUGUGUCUCCAAUCACCGUACCUGAAGGUACUUGGGUCCCUAGGGUAAGCCACCUGAAUGUUGGGUCAGGGUGCGCACGGAGGUCCACCCAAAUGACCCAAAGAAGGUCAGGUCACUCCACCCACCGCUUCCGGGCGUCGGAAGCGGUUCGACCUUUAGAGUUGAGCGGUUCGACCUUUAGAGUUGUUGGCAAGUUUGUUUGAUGUGUUUGUUAAGUUUAGGAGUUGAUGUUUGGUUGCACAAGCAAAGUCUCUUGUGCAAAUGCGACCGAGAACAUGUUGCGAAAGAAAGCUCGAAAGAUGAGAAA